AUGUCAAAAGACAUUGACAUAUCAAUACGCUACUUGGAUAAUGUACUCUCUUCAAAUAAUUCAAAUUUGAUUUUGAACACUACUGCUGCCUUGUUGGAAGCAAUAUCGAAAAAUUGCAAUACAAAUAAUCCAGAAGUUAAACGAGCUGUCAUUUCCACAAUUAAACUCAUCGACAAAAAAUGUUUCCUUAAAGAGGAAGUUGAUUCUUGCCUGAUUAAAAACUCUCUCAACACAACACAUUUGAUUUGCUCCAAACAUCCAAAAACCGAAGCACAAAACAUUCAGAAAACCCCGAAAAACAAUAAUCAAAACGAGGAAUUUGUUUCGAAUAAUGUGGAAAACAAUGUAAACGAGGAAGAGAAUAUUGAUCAUUUGCUCAGUCAAUUGAAUUUGAAGCGUGUUCCAAGUUUUUGCCCAAAAUUUCCAGAUCUUGGAGAUGAUUCUGACGACGAUUCCGGAGUUACUACCAAACAGAAGGAAGAGGAAAGAGCUGAGCAACAUGGCCAAAAGGUUUACGAGGAAGAAAUAGUUAAAUUACCAGAUGGAAGUGAAAUCAGAAUGAAGAAAACAAAAACUGUGAAUGUGAAACAGACAACGAAACACGUAACGAUUUCUACGAAAAGUGCGAAUAUGCCGGAAGUAAGUCGUUCGUUCCUAAAUACAAAACGAGGAUUCGAUGAAGACGAAGAAGAAGAGAAUACAAGAUUCGAAAUGCAAUCAAAGAUUGACCCUUUCGAAAAAUUUCGAUUAAUGCUUAAAGACAAAGAGGUUGAAGGGGAAAAUAUGGAAAGUUGCGCGCCCGGGCAAUCUUCGAAGUCAAAGACUAUCGAAAGAACCAGUGAAAUCUCGCAAAAGGUUUCCGAGAAAAAGGAACGGGAUGGUAGAUUAUUGGCUGAACACGAAGCUUCAAAAUUAGAUAAGAGUAACUUAUUCGCAAAACAAGUCGACAGCUAUCAAGAAUCACAAGUCGCGACACCACCUCGAAUGCACGUCGUCGAGUAUAUGAUGAUGUUCGGCGACGAUAAAAAGAACAACGAAAAUGAGUAUUUAAAAGGAACCACAAUAACAUCCUACGUUCGACUCAAUAACAAUUUGAGGAACCAUGAAGAGCAGUUUAAGAAAAGAAUACAGUUUGAAUUCAGCACUGCUGGAACAUCAGCUACCCUCGAUCUCGAUCUUCUUGCGGAGUUACUUAGCCAAGCUGAUUUUGCAUCUCUUAGACCCCCUCAAAGAUGGGCUGAAGACCGCAUUGAAGAAGAUAAAUUGGAAGCGAUUGACUGGCAAGAGGAAGAGCUCAAUGAGCCAGAACGCGACCUUCUUGUUGAGAUGGAUAGCGCCGACUACGUGAUUUUUCGCGAGAAAGAUGGAAAAGCACAGGAAGUUCGCGGUGGUCCACGCGACGCGCUUAUUGUUUACGCCACCCAAGCAUCUAGAUCUUCUUUACUGUAUCAAGAAGCGUUUCUAGUCACUUUUCGUACAAUAAUCCCCACUAUCGAUAUCUUAAACAAACUCAUCAAACGUUAUAUCUUUAUGUGUAUGGCAAAUGAUGAAGUGUCGAUAUCGGCAGCUAAAAAUACAUUCUCAGUGAUUGUCAGAAUAAUUGACGAAAUUGCGUAUUAUGAACUCAAUUCCUCAUUAAUCACAUCGAUCACUUCAUUUGUCUAUCGUUUGAUUCUUGAUGGCAACUUUAUUCACGCUCGCAUUUUGAGGGAGCGACUGUUGGAUAGAAUAAAAGAGCCUUUGGACAUUCAUUCCGUUUUAGCAACAAAUAUCUCCCGUCCCAAAAAACCUCACGAUCUCUUUGACUUUAAAUCUGCUGACAUUGCUUCACAAUUAACAUGGAUCGAUUCCCAACUUUAUCAUCGCAUCGAGACAGCCGAGCUUCUGUGGUGGGCAGAAGACCAAAAUGUUCAGAAAUGCCCAAAUCUUUCAGCAUUUACACAACAAUUCAAUAAUCUCUCAUUCUGGGCCCGAACGUUGAUAAUUUCCCAGAGUAGUUACAAGGAAAGAGAGAAGUACAUGAUGAAAUUCAUUAAAAUAAUGAAGCAUCUUCGUGAAAUGGGCAAUUUAAAUUCUUACUUAGCACUGCUCAGUGCAGUUCUGUCAACUCCACUUUCUAGACUUGAAUGGAACAAACCGGUGAAGGAAGGCAUCAAGGAACAUCAAGCCGUAUUGGAUACUUCGCAAUCCAAUAAAAGCUAUAGAGCUCUUCUCCAAAGCUGCAAACCUCCAUGUAUUCCAUAUAUGGGAAUUAUUCUUCAAGAUUUGACAUUCGUUCAUUGUGGUAAUCCAAAUAUGAUUCCAGCUGAUUAUUGUCAAGGAAAGAGCAAUAUUGUAAACUUCCUCAAACGUUGGAACCAAUACGCCAUUCUCGACAGCAUUCGCAAACUCAAAAAAUGGAACUAUGAUAUCACCAAAAAUGAUACAAUCAUUCAAUUCUUCAACGAGUUCAAAGACCGGAUGACAGAAGACCAGACUUGGGAAAUAUCGUAUCACAUCAAGCCAUCCGGACGCGCAUUCAAAGAAUAA